AGUGCAGUGUGUGAAGUGUGGUAUCUCAUGUAAAACAAUUGGAAUACUGAACAAAUAAAAUUCCCAUCCUUGCCUUCUGCUUCUCUUGCAAUGCGACGCACUCCUCCCUCCCUCCAUUUCCUCGCCGCCACUGACACCGCCACAGCCACGGCCACGGCCACCGCCUCCAACACAGGAGCAGCCAGCGCCGCCUCGAUGUCUUCACGCCCACUCCAUCGAGGGCGCGGUAGGGGAUUCUACGGCCGCCCGUACUCCGGCGGCAGGGGAAACUUCAUCUCCGGCGAUGCGCACUUACGCUCUGUCCGCGACGCCAAUUUAGGACUCCGGCGAGGUGAGAGCGGAAGCUUCGCGAACCAAACGCCGCAUAAUCAGAAUCCUCCGUAUAAUCCGAGGCCUCAUCCGCCGCUUCACCAAGACCGGCCUCAGUUCCGUAAUCGACCGUAUUCCCCGCACUUUCCGCAACAUUUCCCGCAGUAUCGGCAACAUCCUCCGCCUGAGAACCGGCCGACGUUUCGUCCGCAGACGCAUCUCCGGCAGCGGCCGCCGGAUUAUCGGGACUGGGAGCUUGCCCUGACGCCGCCUCUUCCUCAUUGUGAGCGGUUUAAAGUUCUUUCCUAUAAUAUAUUGGCUGACUACCUUGCUUUGGACCACCGGAACAAACUUUAUUUUCACAUACCUCCAUACAUUUUGGACUGGCAGUGGAGAAAGAGAAGCAUACUUUUUGAGUUGGGGCUGUGGUCAGCUGAUAUCUUGUGUUUACAGGAGGUUGAUAAAUUUCAUGAGUUGGCAGAGGAGUUGAAGCCUAAGGGAUACUGUGGCAUCUGGAAGAUGCGUACAGGUAAUCCAGUUGAUGGCUGUGCAAUAUUUUGGCAAAAAUCAAGGUUCAAUUUGUUAUACGAAGAAUGCAUUGAGUUUAAUAAGCUGGGACUCAGGGACAAUGUCGCUCAGCUAUGUGUACUAGAGAUCAUUAAUAGAAAUGGAUCUUUCCCAUCCAGCUUGACAGGCUCUAGUAAAGUUGUGGUUUGUAACAUUCAUGUGCUUUACAAUCCUAACAGGGGAGAAAUUAAGCUUGGCCAGGUUCGAGUGCUACUUGAUAAGGCUAAAGCUGUUUCUAAACUCUGGAAUGAUGCCCCUAUAGUUAUCUGUGGGGAUUUUAAUUGUACACCCAAGAGUCCGUUAUACAACUUUAUAUCGGAACAGAAGCUAGAUCUGUCCGGAAUAGAUAGGAAUAAGGUAUCAGGACAAGCUUCUGCAAUUCGUGCAUCAAAGCCCUAUUAUGGUCCUAAUUCUGGUGAAAUAUCUACUACUGGUUCAGUUCAGGUCAUAUCCACUGAAGGUGUCAAGGAAGUUAUUGAACAAAAUAAUUGUCGAUUGGACACAACAAAACUGGACACUAAAUGUCAUAGUUUGGAUAAUCAGCAUACUCACUCAGUUUUGGAUAGAUCUGUUGAGUCUUGUGCAAAUGUUGAGUGUGGAAAGGAAAAUGAUUCAUAUGCAGGAAAAGAUACUCAGGAAACUGCUGUUGACCAUUCAAAGAUCUUUUGUGAAGUUGGUAGCAUAAAAGAACAAGAUCCUUCUUAUAGUAAAGGUGGUGUCCAUAUUGUUCCUGUAAAUGGUGAUAUUCAUGACAUUACACCUGUGAUCUCUUCAGCUCCUGAAGCUGUUAACAGUGAAAAAACUGGGAUGGGAAGCAAUGAACAUAUACAAGAUGCUGUCCCAACUUCAAAUGAAGAAUUAAGUAAAGAAUCCAACUUACAUGUCCCUGAAGAGAAUAAACUGGUGGAGUUUGAAUUUUCCUCAACUUCUCUUCAGGAAUAUCAUCAAUCUUUCACAAGGGUGAGCAUUGAUGAUGAGUCAACAGAUCUAGACAAUAGCGUAAUUUCUCCAACUAAACCAUCGAGCCAAACUUCAGCUUCCAAUACAUUUGAAGUCCCUAGUACAGAGUAUGGAGAUAGCCCAUCUCCUGAGGAAAUUGCUGAUGACCAAAAUAACAGCUCAUCAACCGCAUUCCUGGUUGAUAAAUCUCAUCAAUUGUCCAACAUUAACUUUCCACUUGAUGAAAAAGAGAAAACAUUCUUUGAUGAGAUAGAUAAAACUAUCGCAGUCGGCAAAAAUAUUGGUGAUGACAGGAGUUUUGUAUCUUCCUUACAUAAUGCUGAAGGAGUUGCUCUUGACAUCAGUUCAUCAAUGAAAUCAGAUCUUGAUAAGUCCUAUCAGUACAAUAAAUUAAAUUCUUCUUCCAACUUGGUGCCUGUAGAAGGCAAUGAAGGUGAAGAUAACUUGUCUCCUCGUCAGAUUUCUAAAUCUAUUUGGGCAGAGGAGGCUACUUAUAAUCCAGCAUUGUGGACCCCUAAGGAGAUAGAAACUGCAACAGGAAAUGAAGAUUGCACCUUCUUGGAGCACCCUUUACAGCUUAGGAGCACAUACACCGAGGCUACGGAUUGUUCAGGGACCAGAGACCCUUACGGAGAGCCCCUUGUGACCAGUUAUAAUAGGCGCUUCUCAGGAACUGUUGACUACAUUUGGCGAUCUGAAGGUCUUCAAACAACCAGAGUUCUUGCUCCAAUGGCUAAACAUGCCAUGGAAUGGACUCCAGGAUUCCCAACGAAGAAAUGGGGCAGUGAUCAUAUUGCAUUGGUGACGGAGCUGGCUUUCCUGAAAGAUGGUACCGACAUCUCCACCAAGGUUUAAAAUAGCAGUUCAUUCAAUAACCAGUGGACUUAUAGGAUUGUGUUAGAUAUUUGGAUAUGAUGCCACAUGAAAAGUUGGGGUGUAUCGACCUUACGAGGCUCUUUUAAUUCAAAUCAAUGGUGGAUAUCCCCAAUUUUCUUUGAAACUCACUUGUGAGGAUUCAAAUCCCCUACCCUAAUUUUUCCCCUCUUGUAACCUGUAGGAUACAUAAAGAUUUUUCUGCAAAUGUAUUUGUAAGUUAAAUAUUCAUAUCGAUCCACCUGUACAUUUAAUAAAUACAUUUAGUGCAUGAUAUUCAGAUGUAUUUUUAUUUUUGAGCUGUUAAUUAACUGCUUAAGAUGGAUUGAAUCUGGUAUUUUCUCAAAUUUGGAGCUGUCAAUUUGUCCA